AGAUGUGAUGGAUAAUACGACAACUCAAAAGUAUUGGUUGGAUAUACAGCUGAGAUGGGGUGAUUACGAUUCGCACGAUGUGGAACGUUAUGCACGUGCCAAGUUCCUCGACUACACCACCGAUAACAUGUCCAUUUAUCCGUCACCGACUGGCGUCUUGAUUGCGAUCGAUCUCGCUUAUAACUUAUACAGUGCUUACGGCAAUUGGUUCCCGGGAAUGAAGCCGUUGAUAAGGCAAGCAAUGGCCAAGAUCAUAAAAGCAAAUCCAGCAUUCUACGUGCUGCGAGAACGUAUUCGUAAAGGUCUUCAGCUUUAUUCAUCCGAACCAACAGAGCCGUAUUUGACAUCUCAAAAUUAUGGCGAAUUAUUCAGCAAUCAAAUUAUUUGGUUUGUCGAUGACACAAACGUUUAUCGCGUUACCAUUCACAAGACGUUCGAAGGUAAUCUGACCACAAAGCCAAUCAAUGGUGCGAUUUUCAUAUUCAAUCCACGUACGGGUCAACUGUUCUUGAAGAUUAUUCAUACGAGUGUAUGGGCUGGACAGAAGCGUCUUAGUCAGUUGGCAAAAUGGAAAACGGCUGAAGAAGUUGCGGCGCUGAUUCGUUCGUUGCCAGUUGAAGAACAGCCACGUCAAAUAAUUGUCACUCGAAAAGCUAUGCUUGACCCUCUUGAGGUGCAUUUGCUCGAUUUCCCGAAUAUCGUCAUUAAGGGUUCCGAGUUAAUGCUGCCAUUCCAAGCGAUCAUGAAGGCACGUUUUUCU